AAAAUUAAUAACUUGUAUUAAAAUCAUAAUUUAUAAAAAGAAUUGAAGAAAAAUCAGUAUGGCACAAAGAAGUGAUAGUAAUGUACCAGCAGAAGAAAGCGAUUUGUUGCAAAUUAAACCACUCGGUGCUGGCCAGGAAGUUGGACGGUCAUGUAUAAUGCUGGAAUUUAAAGGAAAGAAAAUAAUGUUGGAUUGUGGAAUACAUCCCGGGUUGUCUGGUAUGGAUGCAUUGCCGUAUGUGGAUUUAAUUGAGGCCGAUGAAGUGGAUUUGUUAUUUAUAUCACAUUUCCAUUUAGAUCAUUGUGGAGCCUUGCCGUGGUUUUUAAUGAAAACUAGCUUUCGGGGACGUUGCUUUAUGACCCAUGCGACCAAAGCGAUUUACAGAUGGAUGUUGUCUGAUUACAUAAAAAUUAGUAAUAUUUCAACAGAACAAAUGCUGUACACGGAAGCCGAUCUUGAAGCCUCGAUGGAAAAAAUUGAGACCAUAAAUUUCCACGAGGAACGUGAUGUCAUGGGUGUACGUUUUUGUGCCUAUAAUGCCGGUCAUGUACUGGGUGCGGCCAUGUUUAUGAUUGAAAUUGCUGGUAUUAAAAUUCUUUAUACUGGCGAUUUUUCUAGACAGGAAGAUCGUCAUUUAAUGGCUGCCGAAAUACCCACAAUGAAGCCAGAUGUAUUGAUUACAGAAUCCACUUAUGGAACUCAUAUACAUGAAAAACGUGAAGAUAGGGAAAAUCGUUUUACAUCAUUGGUACAGAAAAUUGUCACACAGGGCGGACGUUGCCUUAUACCAGUGUUUGCUUUGGGCAGAGCUCAGGAAUUGCUUUUAAUUCUGGAUGAAUACUGGUCCCAAAAUCCCGAUCUACAUGAUAUACCCAUAUAUUAUGCCUCCUCUUUAGCCAAAAAGUGCAUGGCUGUGUAUCAAACGUAUAUUAAUGCCAUGAACGACAAAAUUCGUCGUCAAAUAGCGGUAAACAAUCCAUUUGUGUUUCGUCACAUCUCUAAUCUUAAGGGUAUUGAUCAUUUUGAUGAUAUCGGUCCUUGUGUUAUUAUGGCGUCACCUGGUAUGAUGCAAAGUGGCUUAUCUCGGGAGUUAUUCGAAAAUUGGUGUACAGACCCCAAGAAUGGUGUUAUUAUAGCCGGUUACUGCGUUGAAGGAACAUUGGCCAAGACAAUACUUUCCGAACCGGAAGAGAUCACAACACUUGGUGGUCAAAAAUUGCCUCUAAAUAUGUCUGUCGAUUAUAUUUCAUUCUCAGCACACACAGAUUAUCAACAAACCAGUGAAUUCAUAAGACUGUUGAAGCCUCAACAUGUGGUUUUAGUCCAUGGCGAACAAAAUGAAAUGUCUCGUCUAAAAAUGGCGCUACAACGUGAAUACGAAGCUGAUCCUAAUACUGAUAUAAAAUUCUAUAAUCCACGUAACACUCAUUCGGUUGAAUUAUAUUUUCGUGGUGAAAAAACGGCAAAGGUAAUGGGUACGUUGGCGGCAACAAAACCUGAAGUGGGCAACAAAUUAUCUGGUGUUUUGGUAAAAAGAGAUUUUAACUAUCAUCUUUUAGCAGCCUCCGACUUGUCUAAAUAUACUGAUAUGAGCAUGUCCGUGGUUACACAGCGACAGUCCAUUCCAUGGAGCAGUCCUUUAAAUACUUUACAAUUACUUUUGGAUCGUAUUGGUGGUGCAGGUACUGUAGAAGUUCUUGAAGAAGAUAGACAUAUACGUGCAUUCAAUUGCAUUGAUUUAACAAUCGAGGGCAAGAUUAUAAUUAUGGAGUGGCAAGCCACUCCAGUAAAUGAUAUGUUUGCCGAUUCGGUUUUGGCUUGUGUAAUGCAAACAGAAAUGGGUGGUACCAACAUUAAGGGUACCACAGCUCAAUCAAAAUCGGACCGUACACACUUUAAAGAAUGUCUUUUAGAGACAUUGCAGGAUACUUUUGGGGAAAACACAGUGCCAAAAAUGUUUAAAGGUGAUAUUUUGCCCAUAACCGUGGCUGGCAAAAUUGUAGAAGUCAAUCUAGAAACACUGGCUGUUACAACAAAAGACGAUGAAAACUUGCGCCAAAUUGUUAAUACCACUGUUCAAAAAUUAUAUCAAGCUUUGGUGACUUUGUAAAAUUGCAAUACGUAAUCUUUACAAAGACUUUACUAGUAAUAAGAAAUAAAAAAAUUAGAAAUGCA